CUCUUUGAACGUUCGAAGAUAUUCUAAGGUGAAAAUCAUUCUUAUUAUUGCGUUCACUAUGAUUUGGGCUAAAUCAUCAUAACUAUGUAACUUUCAUGAUUCACACUGCUACAUUCAUCUGCCCAAAAAGGAAAGAAUAGUUUAGUUCAGCACCCUCGUUUAAGCAUAAGCAGUAUUAUUACCUAAGAGGAAAUUAAGUUCUAGUUUUAUCAAAAUGAGUUUUAAAGGCCACAUCCCCGUGAAACACCUGCUACCACUCCCUCGCUUAUAAUAAUACCCUAAUAAUAAUAUACUCACCUACCCCUUCCCUUCCCAGACAUUGGAUCAAACAUUCCCAUCACGCCUCCACUUAACACAGGUGCGGCUGAUCCGCAGCACACCCACACGUGACCGAUCACCAACCACCUAACAAAAAUAACACGAACCUUCCUUUACCGCCAUUCUCCAUCUCCCCCAAUGUCGUAUGGGAACUACUCUGGAAAUGGCCACCAGAACGGCCAGCCCUCCACCAACCCGUUCGCCGGUUCAGGUGACCUUAUAGACUUGGAAUUGGACAACCAUACUCCAGCCAACCCGACACAUCACCCCAACUACGAAACCUCACAUGGCCGUUCCUCUGCCCAAACGACGCCGUUCGCCGACCCAGAAAACCCCUACAGCUCCUACAGUGGCCAGCAGGCAUACUCAGGUGCACCCAAAUCGGCGUACGACCCGUUUGACGACCACUUCGUGUUAUCAGACGAAGAGUACGAACACGACACCACAGCCACCGGCACCAAUUCCAGCGGCAGACAGGUGCCGUUACUCAACACUGCCAACCAGGCCAAGGAGAAGCCAGGGUUCUUCGGAAACAAACGCAGCAACUCCGAAUACAUUGACAUGAACCAGGGCCCAGCCAUCCAGAAAGAGUCCGACUUCGACAUCCGCCGCAUCUACAACAGCUUCAAGUCCAAGCUCCCGUUCAGCUCGCGUAACCCAUCUAACAUCCCAGCCGUCGACACCCGGGGACCCAGACAGAUCUUCAUCAUGAACCAGGGGGCCAACGGAGCAUUUGGGUACUUUGGCAACUACAUCUCCACCACCAAAUACAACUUCGCCACGUUCAUUCCCAAGUUCCUCUUUGAGCAGUUCAGCAAAUAUGCCAACUUGUUCUUCCUUUUCACCUCCAUCAUCCAGCAAGUGCCCCACGUCUCCCCCACAAACCGAUUCACCACCAUCGGGACCUUGACCAUCGUGUUGUUGGUGUCUGCCAUCAAGGAGAUCUCCGAAGACAUCAAGAGAGCAAAUGCUGACCGUGACUUGAAUCGAACUCGUGUUUUGGUGUUGGAUCCGUCCACGGGACAGUUUGUGUUGAAAAAAUGGAUUCAGGUACAAGUUGGAGACGUGGUGAGAGUGAAUAACGAGGAGCCUUUCCCUGCAGACUUGUUGCUUUUGAGCUCGUCAGAACCCGAAGGCUUGUGCUACAUCGAAACGGCCAACUUGGACGGUGAAACCAACUUGAAAAUCAAGCAAGCCACGGUGGAAACCAGUUCUUUGGUCGACCCAAGGGACGUGGUCCAAGAGUUGUCCAAAGCAGAAAUUGUUUCCGAGCAGCCAAACUCUUCGUUGUAUACCUACGAAGGUAACUUGAAGAACUUUGGUCCCGACGGCCGUGAGAUCCCGUUGAGUCCCGAACAAUUGUUAUUGAGAGGUGCCACCUUGAGAAACACCCAGUGGAUCCAUGGUGUGGUUGUUUUCACUGGCCACGAAACCAAAUUGAUGCGUAAUGCAACAGCUACACCCAUUAAAAAAACUGACGUGGAAAGAAUCAUCAACUUGCAGAUUAUCGCAUUGUUCUGUGUAUUGAUCACUUUGGCCCUUGUUUCUUCCAUGGGUAACGUUAUCAAGACCCAGGUAGACAGUGACAACUUGGGAUACUUAUACUUGGAGGGUGUCUCCAAGGCCAGACUCUUCUUCCAGGAUUUAUUGACCUACUGGAUUUUAUUCUCCAACUUGGUUCCAAUUUCGUUAUUCGUCACUGUUGAAAUCAUCAAAUACUACCAAGCUUAUAUGAUUGGCAGUGAUCUCGAUAUGUACGAUGAGGAAACAGAUACCCCUACAGGUGUCAGAACAUCUUCGUUGGUUGAGGAAUUGGGUCAGAUCGAUUACAUAUUCAGUGACAAAACUGGUACCUUGACAAGAAACAUCAUGGAGUUCAAGAGUUGCUCCAUUGGUGGCAGAUGCUACAUUGAAGAAAUUCCCGAAGAUGGGCACCCCCAGAUUGUUGAUGGCAUCGAAAUCGGGUACCACACCUUCGACGACAUGCGUAGUGACUUGGCUAACACCUCCCUGCAACAGUCCGCUAUUAUCAAUGAGUUUUUCACCUUGUUGAGUACAUGCCACACUGUUAUUCCAGAGGUCAACGAAAGUACCGGAAAAAUUAAGUAUCAAGCUGCUUCUCCCGAUGAGGGUGCUUUGGUGGAUGGUGCAGCAGAAUUGGGAUACAAGUUCAUCAUUCGUAAGCCCAAGAGUGUUACCAUUGAAAAUGUUUUGUCUAGAGAGCAAUCCGAGUAUGAAUUAUUGAACAUUUGUGAAUUUAAUUCCACCAGAAAGAGAAUGUCCGCAGUUUUCAGAUGUCCAGAUGGCAUAAUCAGAUUGUUCUGUAAAGGUGCAGACACUGUGAUCUUAGAAAGAUUGUCCCAGCAAGAGCCACAGCCGUUUGUAACGGCCACAUUGCGUCAUUUGGAAGAAUUUGCAGCUUCGGGGUUGAGAACUUUAUGUAUUGCUUCCAGAAUUGUGCCAGAUGAUGAGUACAAGGCAUGGGCUAAAAGAUACUACGAGGCUUCUACUUCCUUGGAAAAUAGAGGAGACAAAUUGGAUGAAGUUGCAGAACAAAUCGAAAAGGAUAUGUUCCUUCUUGGUGCUACUGCAAUUGAAGAUAAGUUACAAGAUGGUGUCCCGGAAACCAUUCACACCUUGCAAACUGCUGGUAUUAAGAUAUGGGUUUUGACCGGAGACAGACAAGAAACGGCCAUUAACAUUGGUAUGUCUUGUAAAUUGUUGAGUGAGGAUAUGAACUUAUUGAUCAUUAAUGAAGAAACCAAAGCAGACACUCGUUUGAAUUUGGAAGAAAAAUUGUCAGCAAUCCAGGAACACCAGUUCGAUGGCGAGGACGGAUCCUUGGACAGCUCCUUGGCCUUGAUCAUUGAUGGCCACUCUUUGUCUUUUGCUUUGGAGCCAGAAUUAGAGGAUUUGUUCAUCCAAUUAGGUGCAAGAUGCAAGGCAGUUGUGUGCUGCCGUGUCUCACCUUUACAGAAGGCAUUGGUGGUUAAAAUGGUCAAGAGAAAGAAGAAGGGAUCCUUGUUGUUAGCUAUUGGAGAUGGUGCCAACGAUGUUUCGAUGAUUCAAGCAGCACAUGUUGGUGUUGGUAUCAGUGGACAGGAAGGUAUGCAAGCCGCAAGAAGUGCAGAUGUUUCGAUUGGCCAGUUCAAGUACUUGAAGAAGCUUUUGUUGGUCCACGGUGCAUGGUCAUAUCAGCGUAUUUCCAAUGCUAUUUUGUAUUCCUUCUACAAGAACAUUACGUUGUACAUGACCCAGUUUUGGUUUGUCUUUGCUAACUGUUUUUCUGGUCAAUCUAUUGCUGAAUCCUGGACCUUGACAUUCUACAACGUGUUAUUUACUGUACUUCCUCCAUUUGUGAUGGGGGUUUUUGAUCAGUUUGUCAGUGCUAGGUUGUUGGAUCGUUAUCCGCAAUUGUAUCAAUUGGGACAGCAGAAGAAAUUCUUCAAUGUGAAAAUUUUCUGGGGUUGGAUCAUCAAUGGUUUCUACCACUCUGCUAUCAUUUUUGUUUGUUCUAUGUUCAUUUACCGUUAUAUGGAUAGCGUUUCGAGCGGCGAAUUAACCAAUAAUUGGGCAUGGGGUACUGCAGUUUACACUACCUGUACUUUGACAGCCUUGGGUAAGGCUGGGUUGGUCGUGACCAUGUGGACUAAAUUUACAUUAAUUGCCAUUCCUGGUUCCUUUGUGUUAUGGCUUUGUUGGCUUCCAGCAUAUGCCACCAUUGCUCCGCUCAUCAACGUUUCGCAAGAGUACAGGGGUGUGCUCGGUGUCACAUAUCCUAGUUUGACCUUCUGGUCUAUGGUAUUUGGAGUUUCAGUCCUUUGCUUGCUUCGUGACUUCGCGUGGAAAUACUUCAAAAGAAGGUACAGCCCUGAAAGCUACCACUAUGUGCAAGAAAUCCAAAAGUACAACAUCCAGGACCAUAGACCUAGAAUGGAAUUGUUUCAAAGAGCCAUCAGAAAGGUCAGACAAGUGCAGAGAAUCAAGAAGCAGAGAGGAUUUGCUUUCUCGCAAGUUGAAAAUCAAAACCAGGAGAAGAUUGUCAGGUUGUACGAUACCACCAAAAAGAGAGGAACAUUCGGGGAGUUGUCGCAACAAUGAUAGUCAUUGCUUCCGGCAACAACUCCGGUGGUAUUACCAGAGUUCCAUUAUGAUGUUGGACUUUUGUUUCCAGCGGAAUUUUAUAGACUAUGUCUAAAUUAAUGCAUCAACACAUAUCAGAAAAUUUACGUGAAACGAAAAAAAACCAUUAUAUAUCUUAACAGAUACCCAAAGACAUUGGCAGAAUUUUGAAGUGGGUGUCCUUAUUGUAGAC